AUGGAGCGGAUUCUAAAUGAGGUAAGGCAUGUAAUAACAAAUGCUAUGAACGAUCGGUUGUUGCAACCUUUUACGCGGGAAGAGUUGGAGCAUACUUUAUUUCAGAUGUUCCCCACGAAAGCGCCUAGGCAUGACGUUGGCAAUAAGGUGGCUAACAAAUGUUUGCAGAUUCUAAAUGGGGAAGGAAGUGUUCGGGAGUUUAACCACACUCUUAUAGCUAUCAUUCCGAAGGUCAAGAUGCCAACCACUGUUUCAAAAUUCCGACCGAUCAGUUUGUGUACGACUGUCUACAAGAUGAUAGCGAAAACAAUUGCAAAUCGGUUGAAGUUUGUUCUUCCUCACGUUAUUACUGAAAAUCAAAGUACCUUUGUGCCGAACCGAAUGAUUCUGGAUAAUGUGAUGGCUGCCUUCGAAAUCAUGCAUACGAUUGAGGGAGUGAAGAAGGGGCGCGAUGUCAAAAUGGCUCUCAAAUUGGAUAUGGCCAAAGCAUAUGACAGAGUGGAGUGGGUCUUUUUGCGUGAAAUGAUGCUCAAACUGGGUUUUUCACCCAUAUGGGUCGCAAAAAUUAUGGAUUGCAUCUCCACUCCUACUUUUUCUGUGCUUUGGAAGGGUACUCCUCUUGGGCAUAUUAUGCCACAGCGUGGGUUACAACAAGGAUGUCCUUUAUCUCCAUAUCUGUUUCUUACGUGCACUGAGGGGUUCUCGAGUUUAUUGCGUGGUGCAGAAAGGAGGUGCCAUAAGAAAUAUUUAGGUCUGCCAACAAUCGUGGGAAAGGGAAGGAAACAACUCUUUCAGCAUCUAAAAGACAAACUUUGGAAGUAUAUAAAUGGGUGGAAGGAAAAGCUCUUAUCUAGAGCGGGGAAAGAGAUUUUAAUUAAAGUCGUGUUGCAGGCAAUCCCCACCUAUUCGAUGAGUUGUUUUCGGAUUCCAAAAGGAUUGUGUAAGGAGCUGAAUGGAAUCAUGGCUCGUUUUUGGUGGGCAAAGGCGAAGGACAAGAGGGGUAUUCAUUGGGUGAAGUGGGAGAUGUUAUGUAAGAGUACGUUUGCAGGAGGGUUGGGGUUUCAUGACCUUGAGGAUUUCAAUCAGGCUCUGCUUGCAAAGCAAUGUUGGUGCAUUCUCCGGACUCCAGAGUCGCUGAUAGCAAGGAUUUUUAGAGCCAGAUACUAUCCAUCAGUACCAUUCUUAGAAGCCGGAGUAGGAACCAAUCCAUCUUUCAUUUGGAGGUCUUUGCAUUGGGGGAAGGAGUUGCUCAACAAGGGAUUGCGUUGGAGAGUCGGCAAUGGAGAGUCCAUCCAGAUUUAUACUGACAAAUGGCUUCCAGUCCCUUCUUUGUUCAGAAUUAUGUCUCCCCCACAGCUGCCUCUCUCAACACUGGUUUGUGAUUUAUUCACUUCCUCAAGUCAAUGGAAUGUGCCGUUACUUAAGGAUAUUUUUUGGGACGAAGAGGUGGAAGCAAUAUUGCAAAUUCCAUUGGUUUCCAUGGCAAGUCACGAUUGUUUACUUUGGCAUUAUGAAAGAAAUGGCAUGUAUUCAGUAAAAAGUGGAUAUCAGUUGGCACGUUUGGAGAAGGGUAAUAUGUGUGGAGAAUCAUCGGCUGGUGUUGAUUUAAGUUCACGGUUCUGGAAAAAAAUUUGGGCUCUUAAAAUCCCAAAUAAGAUUAAGUUCUUUAUAUGGAGGUGUGUUUGGGAUUUUUUGCCUUGCGGUCAGACACUAUUUAAUCAGAAAAUAGCUUCUACACCUAUUUGCCCCAACUGUCAUCGCAAAUAUGAAAGUGUUCUACAUGUUGUAUGGUUGUGUGAGGUUGCGAAGGAGGUGUGGCGCAACUCAGCUUGGGGGAGCGUUUGUAAGGUGUGGAGAGUCAAUUCUUUUAGAGACCUAUGGUAUGCAGUACAGAUUUCCUCAGGUGGGGAAGAACAAGGGCUGUUUGCAUAUUUGUGCUGGGGGCUUUGGAAUAUGCGGAACAACUUUAUUUUUGAAGGGAAAUCAGAAACUGCAACACAGUUGUUGCAGCGAAUGACGGCACUUGCACAAGAAUUUUUUGACGCGAACAAUAGCUCUCAUAUAAGUCAUGGUUGUCAGGCUAGCAUUCCAGUUCAUUUGCACGUUUGGAGGCCUCCAGCAGUAGAGAUUUACAAAAUAAACGUAGAUGGGGCACUCAAAAUUGGAGACUCUGUUCGUGGGGUUGGGGUGGUUGUCAAAAACGAGAAUGGGGAGUUUAUGGCCACAUGUGGUAGGCGACUCCAAGGCAUUUAUGGGGCUAGGCAGAUGGAGUUUAUGGCUGCAAUAGAGGGACUGCAUUUUGCUAUUGAUAUGGGAUUUACUGAUGCUAUUCUAGAAAUAGACACACAAGUUUGCAUUCAGAGUAUUCUUUCAACAGAUGAGAGCAAUGGAGUAGAUGUUCUAAUGAUUGAGGAGGUGAAAUCUCUACUUAAUAAUUUUAGAGCUGUUGGAUGUCAAUGGACUCCACAAUGUGGUAAUAAAGUGGCCCACGCUUUGGCUCAGUUUGUAAUUCAUUGUAAUGAAGUUGUCACCUGGAUUCAAGAUGCACCAAUAUGGUUGCUCCCUGUGCUUGAAGCUGAUGUACUUUCUUUGAAAUGUUAA